AUGGCACUCUCUGUGCGUACAGGGGGAGGAUCCCGGCAAUUUUCUUCUCGGAGUGCACUGGGUGGGGGAUCCAUUAGACUGUUCAAUUCCAGUGGUGGAGGAAGCUUUGGUAGUAGUGGAUUUGGUUUUGGUGGAGGAUCUAGUGGAGGCUUUGGUGUUGCUUCCUUGCUUGGAUCGAGUUCUGGCUUUAGCGGCGGCUUUGGUAGUGGCUCUGGUGGUGGCUUGGGCAGUGGCUUUGGUGGAGGCUUUGGUGGUGGAUCAGGUUCUGGGUUUGGAGGUGGUGUAGGCAAUAGCUUUGGUGGAGGUUUUGGUGGUGGCUCAGGUGCUGGGUUUGGAGGUGGCCUAGGCAAUGCCUUUGGUGGAGGUUUUGGUGGUGGCUCAGGUGCUGGGUUUGGAAGUGGUUUUGGUGCUGGUGGCGGUAGCGGGGAUGGCGGCCUUCUUUCUGGCACAAAAAAGGAAACCAUGCAAAACCUGAAUGACCGUCUGGCUGCCUACUUGGACAAAGUACGUUCUCUGGAAGAAGCCAACACUGAGCUGGAGCACAAAAUCAGAGAGUGGUAUGAGAAAAAUGGCCCUGGUGCUGGCAGCCUUGGAGCAGGGAAUGAUUACAGUAAAUACUAUCCAAUAAUUGAAGAUCUUAGAAACAAGAUAAUUAAUGCAACCAUUGACAAUGCCAGAAUCGUCUUGCAGAUUGAUAAUGCCAGACUGGCUGCUGAUGACUUCAGACUGAAAUAUGAGAAUGAAGUGGCCCUUCGCCAAAGUGUGGAGGCUGACAUCAAUGGCCUGCGCAGAGUGCUUGAUGAGCUGACCUUGACCAGAGCUGAUCUGGAGAUGCAGAUUGAAAGUUUGAAUGAAGAACUGGCUUAUCUCAAAAAGAACCAUGAAGAGGAGCUUCAAGGUUUCCAAGGUAAUGCUACUGGCCAAGUCAGUGUUGAAAUGGAUGCAGCUCCAGGAAUUGAUUUGACCAAGCUUUUGAAUGACAUGCGAGGACAAUAUGAAGCUAUUGCUGAACAAAAUCGUAAAGAUGCUGAAGCAUGGUUCAAUGAAAAAAGUGGAGAACUCAAAAAGGAAAUCUCCACCAACACUGAACAGCUUCAAUCAGGAAGAAGUGAAAUCACAGAUCUAAAGCGCACUCUUCAGAGCCUGGAAAUUGAACUACAAUCUCAACUUGCCAUGAAAAAAUCUCUUGAAGACACCUUGGCAGAAACAGAAGCAGGUUACUGUACUCAGCUUUCACAAAUGCAGCUUCAGAUUGGGAAUCUGGAAAACCAGCUCUUCCAGGUCAGGGCUGACAUGGAACGCCAAAAUGCAGAAUAUCAGCAACUUCUAGACAUCAAGACUCGGCUGGAAAUGGAGAUUGAGACCUACCGUCGUCUGCUAGAUGGAGAAUUUGGAACUGGGGGACAAGGACUUUCAUUUGAAAGCUCAUCUUUGACAGGCUCCAAAUCACAAACUCAAUCACUAGAUUCUUCUCAAGAUCCAACAAAAACUAGAAAGAUCAAGACAAUUGUUGAAGAAGUGGUGGAUGGUAAAGUUGUCUCAUCCCAGGUUAAGGAAUUUGAAGAGAAGAUGUAAGCAACAGCCUGGUACUGCAAAGGAUCUAUUCAUUCAGUUUCUUCUUUAAGAAGCAUUAAUGAAAAGAUACAACUUGGAAUCUCUGUUCUUUUGGUUGAGGUGAUAAGUACAUUGAAUCUUCUUUUCUUUUCAUUUUACUAAGAUUCUGUUCCA